UUUAUUAAUAAUAUAAAUAUUCUUAUAUAUAGCAAAAGUAUAGAAAAGAACUAUAGAGCUAUUAAACAGGCGCACAACCGGUAUAUAGAGUGGGUAAGAAAGUAUAGAGCAGUCUUUACGCUAGAUAAAUACCACCUAAUAUACUUUAUAAAAGCCUGCAAGUUUAUUAAUAUAAAAGCUAUAGUUAAUAUAUAA